AUGGCGGUGCCUGACGGUCGGAGGGACGAAGAUGACGACGGCGCAGCUCUAUUUGAGGAAGACGGCGUGGAGCUGACGGACGACGAAGGCGGAGACUCCGAAAUCCCCGUUCACCUUCGCCCCCUCGUCUCCGCCGCGGAGUCCGGCGACGUAGAUGCCCUCCGCCUAGCCCUUGAGAAUUUUGGUGGCAACAUUAACGAGCCAGUGGAAGAUGGUGACACUGUUUUACAUCUCUCGUGUCUCUAUGGCCAUUUGGCUAGCGUCCAGUUCCUGUUAGAAAGGGGAGCAAACAUGGAGGCUAAGGAUGAGGAUGGAGGAAUUCCUUUGCACGAUGCCUGUGCGGGAGGUUUUACAGAAAUAGUCCAACUUCUCAUAAACUCCGCAAAUGACCCAGAGCAUGUGAGGAGAAUGCUCGAAAAUGUCGAUAUGGAAGGGGACACGCCUCUUCACCAUGCUGCUAGAGGCGAAUAUGCCGAUACCGUGAGAUUGUUACUUGCUUAUGAGGCUUGUCCAACUAGGACAAACAUCUACGGAAAGACUCCAGCCGAGCUUGCUGAUGCUGGAACUGAAGCCAAGAUGAUAUUGGAAGAGGCUACUACUGCUGCACUUGGCCAUUAA